AGCUGCUGCUGCUCUCCUCUCGUGUCAUCCAAAAGUUGGAUAAAAUUUGAAGACAAUUUCACUCGCUGUGCGCUAACGUACAAAAAUACAUGUAUAUUUAUUAUUUGUUAGUGUGUGUAUGUGUGUGUAUAAAUAUAUAUAUACAUGGGGACAUAUAUGCAGCAGUUGUCCCGGCUCAGUUUAUGUAGUGCUUAAUUGGUAAUGGCGGACCCAUUAUUUACCUGAUCUCUCUCUCUCUCUCUCUCUUUUUCUUUAUUUGGUACUUGAGAAAGGCGAGACUCUCUGCUUGAAUCUAUUGGCUAUACUUUUUGAAAUCUACAAGUGUCUUGGUUUCAACGGAAAACAAACACAGUUCAAAAUGCUCGAUGGUUUACUGGGCCGGGGCUUCAGCGUGAAAUGUAAAUCGCUGAUAAAGACGACUCGGGCGAGGAUCGAGGUGUUGAGGAAGAGAGCGGAGGCGAAGCAGAGGUUCCUGAAAGAAGAUCUGGCCAAGCUGCUGUCUAAUGGGCUUGAUAUAAACGCUUAUGGAAGGACUGAAGAAUUUAUUGCUGGAAUGAAUCUCUUGUCCUGCUAUGAUAUUGUUGAGCAAUCCUGUGAAUAUAUUGUAAAGCAACUCUCAAGAAUGCAGAAACAAGGGGAAUGCCCUGAAGAAUGUAGAGAGGCUGUUGCAUCGCUGAUGUUUGCUGCUGCAAGGUUCUCUGAUCUGCCUGAACUGCGAGACCUCAGGGAUAUAUUUCAACAGAGAUAUGGAAAUUGUUUAGAAGCUUUUGUAAAUCAAAAGUUCGUUGAGAAAGUAUCUGCGAGGCAUCCUGCAACAGAAAAGAGACUCCGGGCAUUGCAAGAUAUAGCUUCAGAGUUCUCGAUAAAGUGGGAUUACAAGGGGUUUGAACAGAGGAUGUCUACUCCUUCACUAGUUGCACAGACAGAAGUCAGAAAAGCUGAUAUAGUGAAACAAACUCCUGGGCUUCUAGAUGAGAAAAGCAGAAUACACAACUGUGGAGAAGGUCAUAUGCGGAAAAGAGAUGAAAAAGAUCAUCCUAUGGCUGGAAGGAAGGGCUCAAUUGAGCACAGAGAGCACUCAGUGUUGAAGACAGAAGGAAGUAGUUCACAAGGGGACAGUGACAGCUUAUUUCGUGGAAGGCACAUAUUGACUGAAAAUAAGCAGCACCUGUAUCACUCUGAGAAAAGUGAUACAGAACUCAAGACAGAAAAAUCAAGCAGUUCAUCCCGUGGGAAAAUGCUGGAUCAUGUUAAUAGUGGAUACACAAGACGGAGUAAUAGUACCCAUAAUACAAGGAGAGGAGCAAGCACAGAAGCAUUAUCUCAUGAAAAAGCAGACUCUGCUGCAAGUUGCGCAGAACAUCUAGGAAGAACUGAAAAAGUCAUUCCUUUUUAUAACUCUUCCAGUCGAGAAAAUGCAAUUAACUCAACAAGAAAAGGACCAGAGGGAGGACCUGAUAGCUUCAACUCUUGCUCAAAUUAUGCCCUCCCUCCACCAUAUGUCAAAUCUAAAGACAACUUUGCUCGCCCUCCAUAUGUUAAGCCAAAUGAAGAUAAACACACACACAGUAGAGGUUCUAAGAAUGCUGGUUCUGAUCUGGAGAAAAACUUCAUAGACCCUGCCUCCUGCAAUAGAAGUAAUGUAGUCAACAGCUCAUGCAGGCCCCAAAAUGAAUCAGAUCAUGACUUUGAAGAACAAUUGGUUGCAUCAGCUAAAGUAAAGAGUCAUGCUCAAGAAAAAUAUCACGAUUAUGAGGAAGAGAAAAUCCCGUUACCAAAGCCGCGAUCAAUUCGGAGGAAACACCAUAAAUCAUCAUCCAGCCAUAAUAAUGUUGAUAAUCCUGAAGAUGUUGAACCUGUAAACAGGAGCUCAAGUAGCAGGAGAAGGGAUCAACCUAGGAAGGGCUUGCAGAUAUUGUUUGAUGAGGAGCAUCACAGAAAAGAGGAUGAGGAAAGGAUGAUAGAUAAAUUGUUGAUUCAUUACAGCAAGAAACCAUCAAGCUAUGAUGCAGGAAAGUUGAGGAAAAAGUUGCGGGGUCAGCCUCUGGAUCAAAUAAUCACUGAUGUUGGUGAAUCAUCCCUUGACCGAAGCAGUGACGUGCAUGAUGAUAAAUGCAAAGUAUUUCCGCCUCCCACUAGAUCCGUUUCUCUUCCUCAUGAGCAAACUGCUUCACCAGAAUCGCAAAAGGUCUUUACUCGUGCCAAUACUUUCCAGCUGGACAAUCAGGCACGGCAUGUGCAUCCCAAAUUGCCCGACUAUGAUGAUCUAGCUGCUAGGUUUGCUGCCCUUAAAGGUAGAUAAAUGACCUGAGGUAAUGGAGCCUCAGAAAUCAUGUCAACUCAGUAUGCACUCAUCCCCUGUGAUCUCAUUAUAUUUGUGCAUGUUGCUGACGCCUUAGCUGUUGUAUUGCAUAUCUGCUGGAAAAUAUAUGUUAAUUCAGUAUAUAUUGGCGAUAUUUUAGCCGCUGUAUUGCAUUUCUGCUCGAAAAUAUAUGUGUUUCUUGAGUAUUAUUGUCUGAACUCCAGAUAGCAAACUUAUAGAAACUUUAGGACUUCUAAGUUUUGUUCUUUGACGAUUACGACAAAUGACAACUUAAGCAGUAGACCUUCUGAGUUGUACUGUUGUAAGAUCUUGACAGUAUAAUCCUUGAUUUUCGACAUG